CAGCUGAAUUUGAUUUAAUGGCUUCAACAUAAAUAAAUGACAAGAUUUAAAAUUGUUUAACAUUUAAAUGUAAGAUUUUAAGGAGUUUACUUUGUUUACUCAUGGUUUAUAUUCAUGGUUAGAUUGUUUUGUUACCAUAGCAACAAUCUGAUGCUGAGUUUAAGCUCCUCCCCCUCUCCCAGAUUAAAUGCAACACAGAAGCUGUUAGAGCUGCUGAUGGGGCCCCUCAGUCAGAUUCUGCUCCAGGCCUCAUCAGCCUUGGACCGGCCCUGCAGGAUGAGUUAAAUCCUCUGCUCUGAGCAACAAACGGCAGAUUUAAUGAAAUGCUGCUAAUGUGGCUUUAGCAGCUCCAACAUUUCUGUCUGUUGAGAUUUAAUCAGAGUCACAGAAACUUUUGGUUGGUGAGUUUGAGUUUCUCAGAUCUUCUGGUCCUCCAGCCUCUUUCAUCUGAUUCAUCUGGACUGAAGGAAGGAAACGCUGUUAUUGCUCACUUGGUUCUGAUCCGGCUGCUGCAGACGGACCAGAAGCAGACGGCACCGUUUCUUUUCAACCAUGAUGCAACUGGGGACCUGGUUCUGACCCGGUUCUCCUUGCGCUGUCCUUCUUCAGAACCAGCAACGGGAAGAGCACGGUGAUCAACGCCAUGCUGCGGGAGCGGGUUCUGCCCAGCGGCAUCGGACACACCACCAACUGCUUCCUGAGCGUGGAGGGGACGGACGCCGCCGAGCCCUACCUCACCACCGAGGCGUCUGCCGAGCGCCGCGCCGUCUCUACAGUCAACCAGCUGGCCCACGCGCUGCACAUGGACCCGGCGCUGGACUCGGGCAGCCUGGUCCGAGUGUUCUGGCCCAAGAACCGCUGCGCCCUGCUGAGGGACGACCUGGUUCUGAUGGACAGCCCAGGGACGGACGUCACCCUGGAGUUGGACAGCUGGAUCGAUAAGUUCUGUUUGGACGCCGACGUCUUCGUUCUGGUGGGGAACGCCGAGUCCACGCUGAUGAACACGGAGAAGCUGUUCUUCCAUAAGGUCAGUGAGCGGAUCUCCAAGCCGAACGUCUUCAUCCUCCAUAACCGCUGGGACGCCUCGGUGACGGAGCCCGAGCUCAUCGACCAGGUGAGGAAGCAGCACCUGGACCGCUGCAUCAGCUUCCUGUCGGAGGAGCUGCGGGUCGUUGAACCGGACCGGGCCGCUGCCAGAAUCUUCUUCAUCUCUGCCAAGGAGGUUCUGAUCUGCAGGACGCAGCGGAACCAGGGCAUGCCAGAGGCAGGAGUUCAUCUCUCAGUCGGCGGUCCGGACCAAGUUCGAGCAGCACACGGUUCGGGCGUGGCAGAUCACCGAGGACAUCAAGGCCGUCAUGGACGCCAUCAACAUCGCGUCGGCCGACAGGAAGAUCUGUUGUCUGGAGGAGCGGGAGGAGCAGCGGGACCGGCUGGACUUCGUCCGGGGUCAGAUGAGCCGACUGAGCGACAGCGUGAAGAACCGGAUCAGAACCCUGACGGACGACGUCACAGCCAAGGUUCCCCCCGACCCGGCAGAACCUGGGUUCUGGUUCCGGUGGCCUCGGCGCUGCUGGACCAGAUCCAUUCCCUGCCGGUUCUGGUGGAGGAGUUCCGGGCCGACUUCAGCCCGACCCCGGAGAACCUGGAGCUCUACAAAAGUAAGCUGGUGCAGCAUCUGGAGCAGCGUCUCUCGGGCGGUCUGGCCCAUCGUUGCCAUGGCGACGUCCUCAGGGACAUCCGGGACGCCCAGAGACUCAUGACCGACAGCGUGCGUCCCCUGGUGUCGCCGUCCGUCCAGCAGCAGCUCUGCGCUCCGUCCUCGGCCUUCGAGAUGACCUUUGACCUCAGCCUGGCCGCCCUCUGCGGCGACUUCAGGGAGGACAUCGACUUCCGGUUCUCCCUGGGCUGGACCGCCCUGGUGACCCGCUUCGUCGGCACCGCAGGCGCCCGCCGGGCGCUGGCCGUCCCCGAGGACGGACCGUCCCUCAAGGACCGGCUGGUGGUUUCUAUGGCAACGAGCCUGGUGUCGGUGUCCUCCAGGGCGUCCAUGGCGGUGCUGCUGAUCGGGGGCGUGGUGUGGCGCUCGGUGGGCUGGCGGGUGGUCGCCCUGUCCGUCUCCCUCUACGGUUUGCUCUACCUGUAUGAGAGACUCACCUGGACGGCCUCCAGCCAGGAACGCGCUCUGAAGCAGCAGUUCACAGAGUUCGCCGCUUUCCGCCUCCGCGCCGUCGUCCCCGUCACCAGCUCCGCCUGCAGCCAGCAGGUGUUCAAGGAGCUGAGCUCCACCUUCAGCCGCCUGACCCAGAGAGUGGACCUGAGCGAGGCGGAGCUGGACGGACGGAUCCGGCAGCUCACCUGCAGGAUCCAGAGGCUGGAGGCGACCCAGAGGAAGUCCAAGGCCUUCAGGAACCGGGCCACGGAGCUGGAGACCCAGCUGGAGGCCUUCUCUGCUCGCUACCUGCAGGCUGCGGACUGAAGCAGCGGCGGUUUGGAUCCACCUGCUCCGACCAGAACCAGAACCGGACCGGAGGAGGGUGGUUCUGCCUGUGCUGGUGUUGGCCAGCAGAGGGCAGACUGAGGCGGUAUCAGGGUUUGGUUCUGAUCUCGAUCGGGUUCAUCUGCUUCUGAUCCGUGACCUUCCAGCUGUUUGAGGUGAAGCUCCGCCUCCACCAGAUGUUCUUGUGACCUCUGACCUCUGCAGCUUGCAGUCUGCAAUGAGGUUCUGGGUGUGAAUCCGGUGGGCGGAUCUACUGGGGUGGCAGCUGCCACCUCCACUGACUAUGAAUUCAAUAAAUAGUUAUGGCAAAUCGGA